CGAGUCCUACGUUCGCCGCGGCCAGGAAGACACAGAGCAUUCCUGGCUUCCCUUCGCAGGUGCGCCACGCGGUCCUCCACAUCCUGACGGAAACAGCUGGGCGCCAUGACCUCCACGGUGACCUUUGUGCUUGUCCUCCUCUGCUGUCAUUACACGGCCGGCCAGGAGUGUUCUUCAGAUGAGAUCAGGUGCAAGGAUUCCACGCGGUGCAUUCCCCUCCGCUACAUCUGCGACAGCGACAACGACUGCGGCGACAAUUCCGACGAGGACGGCGACUUGUGCGCAGUCUGGCGCUCCGAAACGUGUGAACGAGGGUCUUAUAACUGCGAGAGGUUCGGUGAUGCUUCGUGUGUCUCGAUUCAGGACUACUGUGAAGCUUCGAGCCCGCCGUGCGCCGGAGCCCUUGACCCGAGAGUCUGCCAGAUCUUAAGGGAUGGGGAGAUCCAGAAUUUCUCAUCAGUCACAGUCUCUGGUGCUACGACCAACCUUAAUAAAAGCAAAAUUCGCGGAGAAGAACUGAAACACAUCGUGAACUUCACCCUCAGCCACCCUGCCUGUCCGCCUCUGUUCACCCUCGUCGGGGACCAGUGUCUCUCCAUCCUGUUUGUCAAUAACGUGACCUGGGGGGAGGCACGACACUUGUGCCAGUUUAUCGGAGGCGAUCUGAUCACUUUCAGGAACGUCAGCCAUUUUGCUUCCGUCAUCCAGCACUUGAAGGAGACGAAGUUGACUGCGGACUUCUGGGCGGGCGGCCAUUAUGUGAACUCGGAAUGGUCUUGGCUGGAUGGCUCGCCUAUGGAACACGGGUCGCCUUUCUGGACUGUUAAAUACAGCGACGUUUGUAGGUAUCGUCAUGUGACCUCAGGCCUCAAUAUCACUCGACGAGUAAACGGCGGUUCUUGCUAUCGCUAUUAUCAGGCACCCGGUGAAUUCCCUGUAGGAGAAUGCGUGGCCCUUACGUAUCAACAUUUUUACUACAUGAGUGACGAGGACUGCCUGCACAGGAAGAGCCCCCUCUGCGUUGCCAGGGAUCGGGAUUAAGGGAGGAGGGAGAUGUGGCCCUUUUCAAGGUUGUUUGAUUUUUGUAGUUCUUUCCUAUUCUUUUAUUUUGGUUUUUCGUUUUUAUACAGAGGUAGCGCUUGGAAUUGUUUAUUUUAAGUUUUUUUUUUUGCCUCAAAGUGCCCAUUCAUUUAUUUUUGAUUAUCGGUGAAGGUUAUGUGUUUGUGCAAAAUUGGUGAAAUAAAAAUUAUGUAAAAAGA